CCCGAAUUUGCACAUAUUCAAAACAACUUUCAAUGUCACAUGAGACAGUCACGUGCUCAAGAGGAUCUGAAUAUUCAUGCUUGGUGAAGCCUCAUCCUCUCAGACUGCGGGGAAGAGUCGAGCGCCUAAACGAAGUGUUCUCACUGCCCAACUAGAUGCAGACUCAGAAUUGUCUUCCAGCAGACGCGCCGAGAAAUCCCAAAGUUUCGAGAGUCGCAUGCUCAAAACAAGUCUCGAGAGGCGCCUCAUUAUUGCUGAAGACACUAGGCGCGAUCUUGAACGCUCUUUGAGUGAUGCUAAAGCAACCAUUGAGCGGCUGGAAGACGACCGAAGGUGGCUAGCUGAGCGCGAACAACAGGAACGGCAAGAAAAAGAGGAAUUAGAGAAGAAAUGGGAAGCUGAGCGACACGAGCAUCUAUUAAACGCAAAAUCUCAGCGCACCUCUAUCCUAGAAUUGCAAACUGAGCUAGCGGACCUCAAAGAUGAUUUUGAGCAACACGGACGAUCUUCAGCGUCCACCAUCAAUGCCCAUGCUUCCCACUUGAUCACGGCGCGACGUCAAGUGGAAAUGCUCGAGGACGAGCUGUCGCGAGCCAGACAAGCGGCCCAAGAACGAGACCGGACCGUUGCCGAACUUCGCUCUCAGCUAGAAAGUACGGGGGCGUUCGAAGAAUGCGUUUCAAAUGUGUCUAUGAAUGGUGGGCUGGAUUCAAAGGAACAAUGGCAGAUAGUGCAUGAGGAAUUGCAGCGUCAAAAGGAACAGCUUCGAGCUUCCGAACGGCUCAAUUCUGAACUAUCUUCUGAAAUCACCAAGUACCGAUUACGGAAUCAGAACGUGGAAGUCCUAAUGGAGGAAAAGAGAAGCCUCCAGCGGAAGCUGGCGCAAGUCGAGGCAGCAAAAGAGCGGGUCGCCAUGCUUGAAGGAGAGUUGGAGGCAGCCCGCGUGGAGCGUCAAGGGUGGCUCGCUUUCUUGAAUGACCCCUCCAAAGAACCCAGCUCAUCUACCCCAACGGCUCUGACGCAGCAUCUGAUGUCCCUUCGGCAAUCGAAUAUGUCACUAUCUUCUCAAUUAACCACCCUAACUUCGACACUGCAGCAGCGGGAUGCAGACAUAUCAGAACUUCAACGGAAAAUAUCAGCAUUCCAAGGGCAGGUAACGCUGUUGGAGGACGAAAAACAGAAAGCAAACAUACGGGCCGAACGACGAGCGCAUCAGUCGUCCUUGCUGGAACGAGAAAUUGCAACCGCCAACGCUCUUUUGAGAACAUUCGAGGAAGAAGAGUCAUCACCGGAAAUGGUGCCAGCCACUCAUGACCGACAGCUCUUAUCUCGGAUACGUGACCUUGAAUCGUCGCUUUCUCAAUACAAGACUGUCAACAACCACUUGCAAGACCAGCUUGACAGUAUUUCCCUCGGCCGGGACCCUAAGACGGUUGCGAGGAACUCAGAAUUGACGGCGGAGCGUGAGGCUCGGAAACGAGCAGAGCACGAUUUAUCUGCCAAGCAAUCCCGCAUCCAAGAACUUGAGGCCUCAGUGGCGAAUCUCGACCAGAAAUUAUGGGAGGCGGGAGUGAAUAUAUCAUCUGGAGCCUUGACGCCACGAGAUACGGUGAUCCUGCAAAUGCAAGCAAAUGCAGCCUCCGAACACUUCGCGUUGCGACGUCAAGAACUCAAUCGCAUUAAAAAUGAGAAUGCUGCGCUACUUAACCGAAUCCGCCAGCUGGAAACUGCUGAAGGUGGGGGUAGCGAGCUUGUCCCGAGGGAAAGCUGGGAGAGCGUUAAUGCUGAGAAGGAAGAGCUACUGAGCACAGUCGCUCAGAAAGAGAAGCGCUUAUUGCGUUUGAAGCAGGUAUUCAACGCAAAGGCUGGCGAAUUCAGAGAAGCAGUAUCCUCUGUGCUCGGCUACCGAUUAGCGUUCCAGAGCACUCGAGUAAGAUUGACGUCCGCGUUCGACAGCACCGCCUCGAUCGUUUUCGACUCCACCUCUAAGCCCGACCAGGCAGAUGUUGGGACAAUGAAGCUUAUCUCCAUCGGGGGUGACGACGACCCGUCGGGUCCAGCAGCACUACAAGAUCUCAUGAAAUAUUGGGUGCAAGAGCGCCACAGCAUCCCUUGUUUCCUUGCCGCAGUGACACUUGAUCGGUAUCAAGCAUCAACGAACGUUGCACAUAAAUACUCAUCAAUGGACACACAAACGUAAAUCCUUCUCGAACCCCUUCUAUUAAUGUCAUGGCUGUAGUCACAAGGCCCGACGCUCUAAACAAGACGAUUCGCUCUAAUGCUAGACACCAGUCUAUUGCGAUGGGGAUUCGGAAAUUUCGCCAGUACCCUCGGUGACAAGCGUCACUUUUGGCUUCGCAAAUACAUGGGUAUGAGCCAAGCCUGGCACACUUUGCAAGCGC